AUGACCUCCCCGAUGGCUGAACACGCGCCGGAUCUUGAAGACGUGUUCGGGCCUCACCACAAGAUUGUGAUUACCUAUCCUUCUUCACGACCUAUGGAAACGGCCGAAAUCAACGAUUACCAUAAGCCACACUUUUUCGAGCCAAAGGACAUCGCCACGAGGCACAAUCCAACCGAGCUCACAGACUACACCACUCUGACCCGUUAUCGCCCGCACCUCUCCACCAGAUUGGGCGCUCUCUACUCGCUCCACAAAGCAGCUGCAGACUCGCCCAUACCCGACGAAAGUGAGCUUGAACAUGAGCCACUUCUAGAUCGCAUCAACAGACUGUCAUCCGUUCCCGGAUGGACGAGCCUUCAUGUCCUUACAUACCUCACUCCUGAAGGCCGAUCGAAGAUGGCAGUGUACCGUCAGACCACCGUUGGAGACAAUACGUUCACGCAACUGUACGCAGGAAGCUUCGCAUUGGAAGACGCGGAGUGGCCGCAGCGCAGCAAUCUGUACGACCUGAUCUUCAGACGCUACGAUCGAGCAGAGAUUGCAUUCCAAUUGCAAUUGCAACGAGAAGGAUGGGAAAAUUUUGAUCCUGCCAGAGGAAAAUGGAAGCCACUUCCUAGCCAUCCAAGGUUUCAUGUUGUGCUGUCCAGUCUCCCAUCUGCUUCGACUGAAACUGGCGACUGUUGCCCUAUCUGCAGCGGCGAAUAUGGCGAGGGCGAGCAAGCUCCAGUGGCACUGCCUUGUCAUCAUAGACAUCUUGCUUGUCUUGGAUGCCUCGAUCAGUGGUGCCGCAACGGAGGUGAUCCCAAGUGCCCACAUUGCCGCACGCCAAUUUUUGAUCUGGAGCAACGAAUCAAUCUCCGCCUUGGUCAAGACUCGCAUGGAAACUUCGUCCCUGACAGGACUCUUGCCGCCUCGGAGAACUUCGAUCGUUCUUGUGCAGAUCUUGAUCAGUUUAUGGCGCCGAAUCAAGGUUCUCGCCCCUUGAAAGUCAAUGUCUCCCACAUGACAGCCAUCCUCAACUACUUCCUGGGCAAAGAAAAGGAGAUACCACAGGAAUGCGUACCCAAACGAUUCAAUCCUGUCUACUCUCCAGAAACGAAGCUCUUGGCGGAGGUGCUCCAUUCUCUGAGCGACAAGAUAGAUGGCGAGACGACCGACACCAAGAUGUUCAUCGACCUCUUUGCACGCGCCAUGAUACGCCGGACUCAACAUGAGUACUAUGCGUCCGGAACGCAGCCACGGGAAGAUCAGCCCAUUAAUCCAGCGACGAUACUUACGUUGCGGUCUGAUUCAAUGUAUUUCACAGAGAAACUCAUCACGAGAAUCGUUUCCUUCGCCGCGAUGCGGCAGCAUGAAGGAGGCGAGGAGUUUCUGCAUAUGCAUAAGGGAAAGAUGUACUACAAUCCGAUGCUGAGUCCAGAUUAG